GUAUAAUUCCUUUACUGAAAAAAGGGUUGCAAAAAAACUGAACGCCUACGAAACAGAGCAAUUGAUCUAACAAUAAAUGGCCAUCUGCUUGCAAGGACAACGCCUACAUCCGGACUUCUGCAUGCAUGUGACACUGUGUGGCAUCUACUGUUGGUGGGGGUGAUAAGGUCUCCUUAACACCGAGAGUGGCAGUAUGAAUGCGGGUGAUUUCUUGUCAAGCAGCCACCCUCGAAGAGUGGACUGAGCAAGAUGACAGUUGCAGUGAUUUUUUUAAUCGCGAUCGCAUUUCUUACAGCAUGUAUCGUGGAUGGUGAAAAACUGCGGGGAGAUAGGGACGCUAUAUGUAUACGGACUAUCAGCAAGAACGAAUCCCACUACGUUCCGUACCUCGAGACGUACAGACAGCACGUACUGCGAGGCUUUCGCAUCAGGGUCCGGACGAACUUCAGACAGGAGUACCACACCGUCUACUCGACGGAGGCAGCAUGCUGCGAGGGUUACAGCAACGUGAACGACGUGUGCAUACCGAUGUGCUCGGGUUCGUGCGAUAAUGGAAAGUGCGUUAAACCAGAAGUGUGCGAAUGCGAUAUGAACUACAAGCUUGAUUUUUUCGGUCAAAAGUGCGAUCCGGUUUGCCGUACCUCCUGCAAUUUCGGAAGUUGCACAGCCCCGGAUGUCUGCACCUGCAACGACGGCUACAGUCCUACAGAUGUCUGGCACAACUGCCAACCAGUCUGCUCCUUCGAGUGCAAAAACGGGUACUGCGUUGAACCGGAAGUCUGCGCUUGCCAUGAAGGCUACGAGAAGAAUGGUACCACAGAAUGCCUUCCGGUCUGCGAACGACCUUGCGUAAACGGGCAGUGCGUUGCCCCGGAUUCAUGCCAGUGUGACGACAGCUUCCAGAAAUCUCGGGACGACGUUUUCACCUGUGAACCAACCUGCAAACCAUCCUGCGUUUUCGGCUCCUGCACCGCCCCCGACGUGUGUACCUGCGACAUAGGCUACACCGUAGUUCCAGGGUCUAAUUUCACCUGCACCCCGGUCUGCAACGAGACGUGUGUCUUUGGAACAUGCAUCGCACCUGACACGUGCUCCUGCAUCGAUGGCUACGUACUAAGCACGGGUUCCAAUUACCUUUGCGAGCCGGUCUGCGAGGAGGAAUGUCUUCGAGGAAAGUGCGUCGCUCCUCAGGUCUGCGAGUGCAUUGAUGGUCACGUUAUGAAUGGGUCCAAGUGCGUGCCCUUCUGCGAUCCUGAGUGCGUCAAUGGACUCUGCGAUAGUCCUGGUAUCUGCAAGUGUCUUCAGGGAUUUGUCAAGGCCAAUGAUAACGACUCUAACGUCUGCGAAGCUUUCUGCGAAAAGUGCGUCAAUGGAUCUUGUAUAGCUCCAGAAGAGUGCAGGUGCGAUCCUGGCUUCCUCAUGGACUAUAAUGAUCCCGGGACCUGUGUCAAGGCCUGUAUUCCCGAGUGCGUCAACGGCUUUUGCACUGCCCAAGGCUGCCAAUGCCGAGAUGGAUGGGGAGGUCAAUCCUGCGCGGAGUCUCUUUUCUGCAUCGUCAGAGAACCGAUCGAGGACGAGAUCCUCGAAGUGGAAAGCCAAAUCGUCGAUGAAUACGAGACACUCAAUUCCACUCGAAAAGUAAAUCGAAACUCGACGGAAACGCGGGUUGAGAGACCAGCGUGCAGCGAACGGUGCAUCGCUGAAAUCAAGAGCAGCGUUGACAACUUUACUGAUAAUUGGAGGAAAGAAGUAUUGCACUUUUUUCACGUUGAUUCACCGUGCAACGUUGUCUCAGCCCAGGCUGGUAUCUCCAAGACUUACACCAGCGUGAUAGGCGGGGUGAUCGGUAUAAUACUGUGCUCGACGGUCGUUUACGGUGUUUAUUUAACGAAGAUAAAGCGGAAGCCAAAGUCACCGAUUAACACUCUUUACGCUCUGAUUUCAUAGCUGGUUCCGAAGAAUGCGUAUACGUGGAAGAAAUGGAUGAUGAAUCCUGCAGCAUCGCUCAAUCCUUCGCAGGAGGGAAUUACAAUGCGGACGUUGCCAAUUAUUCUGUCUAUCGCGAUGCAGUUUAUCGCCGUUUCGACGCUGCAAAUAAAAACUCUACGGGGAGGUCCUCGUGCCGUGUGCAAAAUCAGUCUCAGUUCUAGGAUGCCCCAUUACGUUCCAUACCACGAGUAUUAUCAUGAUACAGAUUAUAGGCUUGGGUUCAUUUUCAAUCGACGACCAAGGUUGCGUACCAACUACAGAAUGAGGCCUUACAUGUGGCGGUCAAUAGAAGAUACAUGCUGCGUUGGUUACACCGAUGUGAAUGGUACUUGCAAGCCACGCUGCCUAUUGGGAUGCGAGAAUGGCUACUGCGCCAAGCCGUAUACGUGCGAGUGCAACGAGGGCUACACAAAGCUUACUCUUUUGUCAAAAUGCCUUCCGGCCUGCGAGAAGUCCUGCCUUUUCGGAAAGUGCACCGCUCCAAACACCUGCACCUGCAACGAGGGUUACGAGUGGAACGCCGAGGACAAGACUUGCGAACCCAAGUGUCCUUCUGGUUGCGAAAACGGAUGGUGCACUAGCCCCGGCAAUUGCACCUGCUACGUCGGUUACGCGAAGAGCGACGAUAACAAGUGUCUUCCGACGUGCAGCCCUAAGUGUGUCAACGGAAAGUGCGUCGGGCCCAACGUCUGCGGCUGCGACGAAGGCUUCGAGCCGUCGAAACUGAAUGUCUUUACCUGCGAGCCACGCUGCAGCAAAACUUGCGUCUUUGGGAACUGCACCGCGCCGGAAAAGUGCACUUGCAAUGACGGCUUCGAGCUUGGUUCUGACGGUCACACGUGCAAACCGGUCUGUGGAUUCCCCUGCCAUCAUGGACGAUGCGCAGCGCCUGACGUCUGCGAGUGCAAUCCAGGUUUCGAGAAAAACGAGCACGACCAGUGCGUUCCGGCCUGCAAAAUCCCGUGCGAAACGCGUUGUAUCGCUCCCGAUAUUUGCAGCCCCUGCAAAGACGGCUUUCAACUAUCCGAAAGCGGUGGAAACCAGUCCGUCUGCGAGCCUAUCUGCGAGCAGGGGUGCUUCCUCGGCACCUGCGUGGCUCCCGGAGUAUGCGAAUGCCGCGCAGGCUACCGCUUAGUCAAUCGUACCUGCGAACCGGUCUGCGCGAAGGACUGCGAAAACGGCUUCUGCGCAGAGCCCGACGUCUGCCGAUGCGAUCCGGGAUACAACGAGACCCAGGAUGGCAGGUGCAACCCCGUUUGCGAGUCGUCCUGCGUCAACGGACGGUGCGUUAGGCCUGACGAGUGCGAGUGCAAGGAGGGCUUCCAGCGAUCCCAGGACGACGUCUUCACUUGUGAACCACGCUGCGAGCCACCCUGUGCCUUCGGUGCUUGUGUCAGUCCCAAUGUCUGCGAAUGUGGCGCUGGGUUUAAGCUCGAUGAUGAUACUAAGGACUGUCAACCUGUAUGUACGAAGCCGUGUGUCAACGGGUUUUGUGGCAGUCCUGACAGUUGCGAGUGCUUUGAAGGAUAUGAGAAGUCUGAUGUGAAGUCGAACAUCUGUGAGCCUGUCUGUGAAAAGUGCGUCAAUGGCUCCUGCGUUGCUCCUGGCCAGUGCGAGUGCCAAGGUCUUUUUGUCAAGGACGAGCAGGACCCUGGAAUCUGUCGACUCACCUGCCAGCCACGCUGCAUCCAUGGCUCUUGCGCUCUUGAUCGGUCAUGUCUGUGCUCUCUUGGAUGGACAGGGAGCUCUUGCGAUCAGCCAUUGUUCUGUGUUAUCGCUUUGCCAGAUCACGGAAACUCUGUUCAGGGAAUGAGCAAGCUUCCGGCAUUUAAUGGAACCACGGUCACGAGUGAAAGCCCUGGAAAUGAGUGGGGCGUACCAUCGUGUCGAUCAGGAUGUUCCAACGAGGUUGCCAACCUGACAAUUAACUUGACAAAAUUUUCCAUGGACACGGUUUACCACUUCAUAUCCAUUGACUCAUCGUGCAACAUCCUCACUCUUCAUACGAAGACCUCGAAAGCGCACAGCAGCGCGAUAGGAGCUGGAAUUGGAGUUUUAAUAUUCGCUAUGGUUGUUUGUGCAGCAUACGUCACGAGAAGAAAAUGGAAACCGAGGCAAAUGGUGAAAAGUGGAUCGACACAGUGCAUAUGGGAUGACAGCUCAAGAAAUACUCUGGAGGAUGCGUAAAUUUGAAUUUUCUUUUCUAGAGAAUUAUUGAAACUCAUUUAUUUAUGAUACGUUCCAUAUUCCGUUGUGCAAAUACAUCGAUUACGAAAAAUAUUCUAAUUUGAAACAGCCGUAAUGCGAUCAGAAAAUAUCGACAGAAUGUGUUUCGUAAUCAAGUGUAAAAAUCGGAGUCCACAGUUU